CUCGGGUCAUACCAAUGAAAAUGGCCGAAGCAGGUUUUGUGCAAGGGUUUUAGGCUUUUAGCUGUUGAAGGUCGAGAUUGGAAGUGGAACUUUUACAGUUGCCGGAGAAGAAACAGUAUAGUGAAAAUGGGGAGGAGAAUAUUGAAUGACGCAUUGAGGACAAUCGUGAAUGCAGAAAAGAGAGGCUUUGCUUCUGCUGAGCUCAAACCCGUCUCUAAUGUUAUUUCUAAUUUCCUCCAAAUCAUGAAAUAUCGAGGUUAUAUUAAGGACUUUCAAGUACAUGAUCCUCACAGAGUUGGUAAGAUAACUGUUCAACUGCUUGGAAGGGUCAAUGAUUGUCGAGCUCUCACUUAUAGGCAGGAUAUCAAGGCUGCAAGCAUUGAGCAAUAUAAAACACGCGCGCUACCAACUCGUCAGUGGGGAUAUGUUGUAAUUACAACACCAAAUGGAGUUUUGGAUCACGAAGAAGCUCAGCGGCAGAAUGUGGGUGGACAAGUUAUUGGCUACUUCUAUUGAACACGUUAAAACAUGGCUCAAAGUUGGCAAGAGUAAUGUAGCAGCUUUCCUUUCCCGACGCCCUAGAUGAAAAGUGAAUUUUCCUUUCUAUUGCCAAUAGGGAAUAAUAAAACAUUAGAAUUCCUGUUAAAUUUGUUUCUUUGAAUCGUAGUAAACAUUAGAAUUCCUCUAUUUAGCUAUACUUAUGAGCUUUCGAUGUCAUUUGGGUGUAGCGUGUUGGAUUUUUAUCUGUAUAAGAGAGCUGGCGUGAUUUUCCAUGUCUCA